AUGUACUAAGAUGAUUUUUUUUCUUAAGAAUAUCCUUUCCAAUAGAGUGGUGGCCCUCAAAAUCAAAUGCUGAUGAAUUCGCCUUCGUCAUUAGAAUUAAAAAAAGAUUUUGAAUAGUAAGAAAUUCUAAGAUCCCCACAAAUCAUCUAUGACAACAAUUCCUAUGAGUAUAUUCCAUUAAAUUGGAAUAUACAAACUUCUCAUCUUAAUCUGUCUGCUUAACAACCUUUGAUUCUAAGAUCUGGCAGGUCAUAUUGCUACAAUAUUUUUAAGUAAGACCUAACUCAAAUAUAAAAUGAGCAUAAUUAAGGCUCGGAAUAGUAAGUUGAUUUAGAAUGCCUAUUGUAGAAAAGUGAUUAAUAGGAGGCUGUCAAUAUUUCUUUGAAGAAAAAAAGUACCAAAUCUUAAGGAUUUAAAUUUUAAAAAGAAACAAAAAUUUUAAAUAUGUCUAAUUUAAAAUGUUAACAGCCUUGUAAUUGUAAAAGCAGCGGAUGUAUCAAACGAUAUUGCCGUUGCUUUCAUAGUGGAAAAACAUGCUUGCCAGAGUGUUAAUGUUAGGAUGGAUGUCUCAAUAAGGAACAACAUCAACAUGAAAGAAGUAAGGCAAUAAAACACGUAAAUGAAAAAUGUUAUAGAAACAGAAAAAUUCCAAAAGAAGCCCUCUUUAAAUUGGAUGUAAUAUAUGGAUGUUCUUGUACUAAAUCUAAAUGCAGAAAAAGAUACUGUGAGUGUUUUUUAAGAAAUUAAAAUUGCACUGAGAAAUGUAAAUGUAUUGAUUGCUGCAAUCAUUAACCUGUAACUGAAUGA